AUGACUAUUGCAAAGGACAUCCAUUGGGCAAUGAAGAGCGUGGCCUACAAGUGCCGGGUGGCAGAAGAGCUGGUGAGCGACCUCCUUGCUAUCUUCCAAGCACGCUUGGCCAACAGUUUCUUCCCGGUGCUAGAGCCAGCCAUCGGGGUGGGCAGCACCUUUGAAGGUUGGAGUCCCUGUGGGCAUGGUGUGGUCUACUGCCUGCUUGUGCCCCUGAAGCCCCCCCGUGGACACACGUUCCACCUGGAGCUGGGCUCUGUGGAGGGGAUGCCGGCAAAGAGCCACAUCCGUGUUCAGCUGGACUGCACCUGCAUGAGGGACCAACAUGUGGAGAACAUGCUCUGCUUCGUGCACCAGCCCAAGGAGGCACUGAGGAGAAAUCAGGAUUCCAGCCUCAUAAACAAUCUCUGCACCGGCUUGUACCUGGAUGCACAGAAAAUUGCCCUCUGGUUCCAGUCCAUGGUGAGCUCAGCCUGGGCAGAGAUGCCUCAGUGGCAUCACUACAGUAUGAAGGUGCUGCCUUCCCACCGCUCCUGCAAGCUGCUUCUGAUGACUGCCUCCAAGAGAUCCCUUUUUGUCGAGGUGAUCUUUGGGGUGCAGGAAGGCAACUCAGACAUCUUCCUGAGCAGCCAGGCUACAGAGGCCAUCUUCACCCUGGGCACAAUGUGGACAGAGAGCUAUGCUGUGGCAGAGGCCAAGUUCUUCAGGCAUAUGGCCAUGCAGGCCCCGCAGGACACCUUCCCCCUCAAAUGCCUGCAGCUCUGCGCUGGUAUCCUGGUGGGCACAGGUUUUUCCACCUAUACGUUCAAGACCAUUGUGAUGCACCUCCUCAACACCCUGCCCCUGGAAAGCUGGGGAAGGAGGGAGUUCCUCUUGCGGCUACAGGAUAUCAUGUGGUACCUGCACAGCUCCUUGGAGGAGAAACGCCUCGACCACUUCCUCUUUGCCAAUGAGAACGUGCCUGAGGACAUUGUCUUGCCCCCAGCCUUCCAGGCGGCUGAGCCACUCAACCUUUUCCAGCGCCUAGUGCAGGAUCCAGCUGCCCACGCCAAGGCACUGCGUGAGUUGGAGGAACUGCAAGAUCGGCUCACAAGACUGCUCUUCUUUGGAGUCUGA